AUGAGUUUGGUUACCAGAAUCUCAAAGCGCAAAUGUUCAAUGAUUUGUAAGAAUUCUAAGUUUUUGCGGGAUGAACUGCAGGAGUUGGAGAGUAUUGUAGGUCCUGUACAUCGUGAAACUAAAAAUCUGACAGAUCGUAUGACACCAAGGGCCCUAUUUACCAAGAAGCACAAGGAAUUGGUGAAAGAGGGCGAAAAGUCAAUGAAAGAAACAGCAAGGAGGAAACCGAAGGUGCCGAAAGCAUGUGCAGCUCCAUUUCCCUCCUCUUUUUCGGCCGCACAUCUUGACUCCACUAAGGAGGGAUUUCCAACACAUACAACCUGUAAAUUUGGCUGUAAAUGA